CGUGAAAGUAACUUACAGAAAGCUUCCGGAUUUUAUUUUCGCCGGAUUUUACCGGUUUUUCUUCGUUUAAAUUUAAGUUUUUUAGGGGAAGUCAUGGGGAAGGAUCAAGACCUUCUAGAGGCGGCAAGGACGGGGAAUGUUAACAUGAUUGAGAAGUUAUUGUCCGCUCGCCCUAAGAAUGUUCUGUCACAGGCGAUUGCAAUUGGUUUUAGACGAAGUGUCGCACCAAACUGUCAAGAUGGGUCAGGCUACACACCGUUACAUCAUGCAGUGCUGAAUGGCCACAAAAUGGCAGUGGAGAUUCUUCUGAAGUAUGAUGCGGCACCAGGAAUGCCUGACGCUAAGGGGAGCACACCGUUCCACCUUGCGGCCUGGACUGGCGAUGUUGAAAUUAUUCAUAUCCUUAUGAACCAUCCGAGAUCUUACAGUCAGGUCAACGAACAGAACCACGAUUGGGAUACUCCUUUACAUUUUGCUGCUCAGUACGGCCACACAGACGUUGUCUCUACUCUACUGGAUAACGGAGCAGAUCCAACAAUUUACAACAAGAAGGAGGAGACUCCGUUAGAUCUCGCUGCUCAAUACGGACGUCUCGAGACAGCGGAGUUACUCCUACACAGACGGCCAGAACUUCUUGCCAAGAUAUCACCACAGAGAUCCAUUCUCCAUCUCGCUUCUAGGAACGGUCAUCCUCUUGUCAUCAAAGCUCUCUUGGAAGCAGGGUGUGAUAUCAAUAAGAAGCUCAAGACAGGAUCAGCAUUACAUGAAGCAGCUUUAUUUGGUAAAGUGGAAGCAGUCAGGGUACUACUUCAGAAUAAUCCGCCUAUUAGUCUUCACAUCAAGGAUGUAGCUGGUGAGACAGCAUUGCAGAAAGUAGAAGGCUAUCCUUCCAAAGUAGCUAUUGAGAUUGCAGCAAUGAUUAAAGCAUUCAUGAAGGGAGACCCACUACCCCCAUCAAUGGCAACCCCAACCCUGCUUCGAAAAACCAACCACCCCAUCGACGCAGAACAGCGAUCAACAUAUGAUAACGUACCACUCACCGAUUCCGUCGUCCCACCAAAGCAUCCACGGACGCCUCCCACCCCAGUGACUGCCAUGGUGACACGCCACUCUGCCUACACCCCACCGCUUACCAAGAAACAAGGGCGCCAGUACCGACCGUCCGCCGGCGCACACACAAGGAACACAAACUAUCAGAACUUAGAGAUACCUGCUAAGGUGCCACCAAGAAAACCGGCUCGGUCAUCCAUCGGGAUCAUGUUGAUGGACAAAGUGGAUUUGUCAUCGUCCCCGAAGGCUGAAUCACCGCUAGUUAACUCCAGUACCUCAAUGUUUGAAAAAUCGUCUAUGCAACAGAGUAAAUCGUCACCUCAGUUGAGAAGUCCAGAUAAAUCACCUCCACCCCUGCCUGAGCGGAACUACUACGACGAAGAUCUAGCAGGGGAGUAUACCCAACUCCGAGUAAGUGCUAUCAAGAAUUCCCUCCCAGACGCCUCAGCAGUACCUAGUAAGAGUAGAAUAGCUUCCUUCAAGUGCCCCACCCCACCAAAUUACACCCCGCCCGGUUCUGAAGUGAAGUUAAGAUCAGGAUCUGCGAAACAUCGGAAUGUCUAUGCAUCUAACCCAACUGAUGAGCCCUUUCUGUCUACCAAGGAGGAUGUCAAUGAGAUAAGGAAGAGCCUAAACCUGGAACAGCUCCCCACCUUGGCCCCUACCCAGGUCCCUACCCCAGCCCCUAGGCAGUCAAGUGUCACACCUCGACAGUCUACGAGUGUCACCCCACGGCAAUCGGAGAGCGUCUAUGAAGACUUGUCUGAGGCCUAUAGCGGGAACGUUAACAACAAGCUACGCCAGGAGGAAGUGGUAAGAAACUGCAGCACCAUAGGCUCGUCCACAGGAAGCGAUCUUGACAUCGAUGUGUACGAGUUACUCUCAGAAGCAACUACAGGUCAGAAUGAUGAUUACGACAUCCCCCCACCGAGAUUAAGCCACUCCCCUGAUGAACCACCCCCUGUGGAACAGCGGCAAAUCAAGAGAGAAAUUCCAAUCCCUCCACCCCGCCGUUCCAAACAAGGCAGCUCCCCAACCUCCCACCAUCCCACCGUCCUCAUCUCUCAAAAGGAGCACAACGGUUCCUACCCUCUACCCGUAUCAGCGACUAACUCCUACUACUCGGACUUCCCAAGUUCAGAGACGGAUGAUUCGGACAUGCCGUCUUCCCCGGGGAGCUAUUACUCACAGCUGCCUACCCCGGAUCACCCUCCGCCGUCCCCUCACACUGCGAUGCUUGGGAUUCAAGCUAAACUAUCUCCUCAAUCGUUCCCGCUCCACGGAACACCACGGAGGGAGUCGUCAAACGAAGCGUGGAUGCAGCCAGCAUCACCAGACCACAAAUCAGCCUUCAUCUCUUUGUCAGCGGGCGGACAACGCACCACGGAGACUGCAGACCUCUCCGAGUCCAACCUUUACUUACACUCCAAGGAGAUCUGUCUCAUCCCGGGAGGAAAUAAUCACGAGUCUUGCGAGUUGCCUAAUCGAGGCCAUUACGAGAAAAACGCAAACGCGAGAAAAUAUCACCAUCCGGAGAAACCGAAUCGUUUUACAAAUCGGACUUCUAGUAACGGCAGCGCCAUCUCGCAGAAGACUCCCACCAAUCAUCAAUCGCCACGCUACAAUGCACACGGUCGUAGAUUCGUUGAUAAGGAACCAGUGAAUGGACAGCAUUACCAUCAUUCGGAGAGAUAUUCUGACGGGUACCAGGCAAACGAUGAGUUUUUGAGUACCGAUACGAGUAGCAACGGAGAUACAGAGUUACUCCGACCAGACGAGGAAGACCCCUUUGCCGGUUUAAUCUACGGCUCAAACCGCGGCAGUCGCAACCUGUCUCUAGAGAAUUCAUCUCGGUUCUCGUUCUCCCACAUGGCGGACUGGUCUCUCGCUAGCUCAACCAGGACCAGUAUGCUGAUGGAGAACGGAUUGUUAGAUGUCCAUGUACCUGAGGGAGUGAGCAGGGGGCAUGAGAAAGGAUCCGAUGAGACGGGGAUCGAUGAGAAAUCAGAAUGGGCGCAGAUUGAAAGCAUUAUGGCAUCAUUUGGAGCUGGACUUGUCAGAGAGUCGGUCUAUGUCAGAGAUUUCCAAAAAGAAUUUGAAAAAAUGUUUGAAGGUCCUCUAAGGCCGCAGAGUGUCGGCGCCUGGCUGGAGAAUUUGGGAAUGGGACAAUAUGAGAACAUGAUGAUAGCCAACGGAUUCGAUAACUUGGAUUUUAUGGGAGGGAACAUUCUUGAGGAGAAUGACUUGAUUGAGAUGGGCAUCAUGGAGGAACUUCAUCGUAAGAUAAUCCUUCAAGCUACAAAUGCGCUUCCAAUCAUGAAGACAAUAGAUGCUAAAUGCCGCAGCUCAAGUUCAGUCUCCGAGUGGUUAAGAAGCCUACUCCUCAGUGACUGCAUACCAAACUUCAUCGACAACGGAAUCAUCACCAUGGACCGAGCCAUGGAACUCUGGGAGGUGGAGCUGGAAAAUGUCCUAGAGGUUCAUAUGCUGGGGCAUAGGAAGCGUAUUUUAGCCUCGCUGGGUGAUAGAAGACAGAGUUUUAGUAGCAGCAGUGGUAGCAUACCAAUCCACUACUUCCUCUGUCCUGGAGGUUCAUAUGUCCUAGAGGUUCAUAUGUUGGGGCAUAGGAAGCGUAUUUUAGCCUCGCUGGGUGAUAGAAGACAGAGUUUUAGUAGCAGCAGUGGUAGCUUACAAAGACCAAACUCUCUGGAACUCACCACUAGUGAUCUGCAGGAGAUCAAGUUAACGUCUUUCGAGAAGCGGAAGCAACUUUCAAGCUCAGCCUCGGAGCAAUCCGCCUCCUUAGACAUCGACCUCUUCAAGGAUUACUCCAAGGAGGUAACCACGCCUACCAAACCAAGAAACUUUCAAACUUCUCUCUCAGUAGAGCAAGAAACAGCAGAGCAUCCGCCGUCAAGAGUUGGCGGAGAAAACGGACAGAGAGCUGCGAGGCAGAUAUCUACAGUUGAGGACUAUGAUAAUAUGGUAACAACGAGGAGGGGGUCUGGGUCGGAGGAGGGUGAGGAAAACACCCCUACGGUACAAUGGAUGCAUCCACCAGAAGCAUUGAUUAAAGGCUGUUGUAAUUACACAGCGUCUUACCUUGGGUCGACACUAGUCAAGGAAGUAAAAGGCAUCGACUCAACUCAAGAGUCUUGUACCAAGUUGAGAAGGUCCGCCUCCCAUCUGCAGAAGGUCCCUUCCAUCACUCUGUCAAUCAGCUACGUUGGCGUAAAGUUCAUCGACUUCAAAUCCAAGUUGAUAAUCACGGAACACGAGAUCUGCAACAUCUCCUGCGUCACGCAAGACUCUGACGACCUUCGAACCUUUGCUUACAUCACAAAAGACAGUGAGAAUGAGAAGUUAUAUUGUCAUGUCUUUAGCGUGAAAGGACAGGAGACGUCGACGGAGAUAAUCUUAACUCUGGGCCAAGCUUUCGAGAUUGCAUACCAGAUGCUUCUGAAGUCAAGACCGAUGUCUAACGAAAUAACCAGGCAUCCCUCGAAUACGUCUGAUACCGACCACGACACAAAGUUAUGAGAUUGUCUUCAGUUUUCCUGAAAUGAAUUGUGGAAGAAAUUUUACCUUGUAAUGGCACUGGACACUUUUGGUAAAUGUCUAAGAAUGAUAUUCCUACUUGCAUAAAAUAACAAAUCUGUGAAAAU